AUGAAUCCGCGCACGACGUCGUCGUCGAAGGCGAAGAAAAAGCAAACGACAACGACGCAGGAGUCGCCGCACCAAAGGGCAUCAUCAUCAUGGGGAGGGAGGUACCUCGGCGUGCGGCGGAGGCCGUGGGGUCGGUACGCGGCGGAGAUUCGCGACCCUUCCACGAAGGAGCGGCACUGGCUCGGCACGUUCGACACCGCCGACGAGGCCGCGCUGGCGUACGACAGAGCCGCACGUGCCAUGCGGGGCUCACGUGCCCGCACCAACUUCGUCUACGCCGACACCACCCCCGGCUCCUCCGUCACCCCCAUCAUUUCACCCGACCAACCACAACCCGACCCGGUUCUUUCAUUCGACCCGUUUUCCCUCCUCGCCUUCCCCUCCGAUAGCACGAUAGAGCUUCCUCCGUUGCCACCGGAUAUUACUAGCUCCGUGGGUUAUGAAGGGUUUUACAAUAAUGAUGGAGGGUAUUAUUGGGAGGAGGAUGAUAAUUACUUGCAUAAUCCAAUGUUUAGCACAAUGCCAGCAGUGUCAGACAAUGUGGCUGCAGCAGCAGGGUCGUCUCAAGUUUUUGAUUUUGGAAACUCCUCUUUUUUCUUCUGA